CCUAGACUGUAGCAAGACGUGUCCCUUGAGGAGGGCGCGUAUCAUCAUGCCUCUGGCGCACUGUAGCUCGCCGUCGCAGCCCAGUCAAGUCCAGGUUCAAUUUCUCUUCGGAAGAAUCAAAUAUCGGUCGUACGGCCGUAACCGGCGUACACGCACGGAGAGUCCCAAUUUGGAAGCACAAAGAAUAAAAAAUGAUCGGAUCUCUUUGUAGACCCUCUUUCUUCCUGUGCUUCACGGGGAGGAAUCUCUGCCCUUUCACGAAACGUCCUCCCAGAGGCAUAAGCAGAAUCAAGGUCCAAUUCGGCAGUGGAUUCAAGUCCGUGGCAUCGGAAGAGAAGGACGUGCAGCAAAUCAGCAAACUAUUAACGGGUCUGAAUGACGAGCAUGGAGGCGUUAUUGUGGAAAUGACCACCGACCCCAUGGACGCUGCUCUAUUUGUUCCUUUACUCAGAGCUUCCGUUGCGCAUUGGCAGCAACAGGGUAAGAAGGGUGUUUGGAUUAAAUUGCCUGUCGAGCUUGUAAAUCUUGUUGAACCUGCUGUCAAGGAGGGAUUUUAUUUCCACCAUGCUGAGCCAAAGUACUUGAUGCUUGUGAAUUGGAUCCCUAAAACCACUAAUACAAUUCCAGCCAAUGCCAGUCACCGUGUAGGCAUUGGCGCAUUUGUCAUGAAUGAAAAGAAAGAGGUGCUGGUGGUCCAAGAAAAGAGUGGAAGAUUUCGUGGAAUGGGAGUGUGGAAAUUUCCUACUGGAGUUGUUGAUGCUGGUGAAGAUAUUUGUGAUGCUGCUGUUAGAGAAGUAAAAGAAGAGACAGGAGUAAGUAACAAAUGCUCAAUUCUUAUUUAUUCUCUUGCUAUUGAUUGUAUAUGGAUCUUGAUGUGCCUAAUAAUAGUUUUGGUCACUUGUUGGAUUUUGCUGCUGCAGAUUGACACUAAAUUUGUGGAAAUACUAGCAUUCAGACAAAGUCACAAAUCAUUCUUUGAGAAGUCAGAUUUAUUCUUUGCCUGCCUGCUGCAACCCCUGUCCUUCCACAUACAAAAGCAGGAGGCAGAGAUAGAGGCUGCACAGCAACAUGAAUGUGACUUGAACCACUGUUAAGUAACCGCCGAAAUCAGUUUAUCUGUUUCUCUCCCUAGAUGAUGGGUGUGAUUGCUUUAGGACUUUCAGUGGGUUUUCAACUGAAACUUGAGUGUUGAAGAAAUGCCAAACUGUUCAGAUAACAUCGUUAUGGAAACAAGGUUCCUGAUGUAAAUUGCUUCCGUGGUUGCUAGUGUCCUGUUGUGUCUGGGUUCAAUUGACUCACUUUUAUUGUGACUGUUGGUAAUGUAUUCAAUAAGUUGUGAAUAGGUGGGUAUCAUAUUGUUGUCUUGAUUCUUGCUGCUCACAGUGGAUGCCAUUCGAGGAAUAUGCAGCUCAGCAGUUUGUUCAGAAACAUGAACUUCUUAAGAACAUCGCUGACAUAUGCUUAGCGAAGAGGGAGGGAACGUACUCUGGCUUCUCCCCGGUGCCCACAACUACAAGCUUU